UCCGGUUAAGCCUCUCUUUAAUUUACAACCCUAAACAUGCCUCCCUUAAACCAAACCGAACUUCUCAGAGUUGGUUCAUUAACCAACAUCACGUAGACGGUUGACGGUCGCUUACGGAAUAGUAUUAAGGAUUUUAUAGAUAGAUUUUUUUCUUUAUCUUUCGAAAUGGUGUCACAGUCCCGCAGUGGACACGUGCUGGUUUGGGAGCAGCCGGGAUUGGAAGACGAGGGACCAGGUGGCCGUUCUGGCGGCCUGGGUCGGCGACAUUUCGUCACUUUCAUGCUGUUCCUGGGCAUGGCGAACGCUUACAUCAUGAGGACCAACAUGUCUGUGGCCAUAGUGGCCAUGGUCAACCAUAGUGCGCUGCCAGUCAUCGCUGAACACCUGGACACCGAAUGCGGGGUCGACCAUUCAAACUCUACAAGUGCUUCCCAAGAUGGCGACUUCGAGUGGAACUCAACACUACAGGGGUACAUUCUGUCAUCUUUCUUCUAUGGCUAUGUGCUUACGCAAAUCCCAUUCGGCAUUUUGUCCAAAAGGUACGGUGCCCGCCUGUUUCUCGGCAUAGGUAUGCUGAUCAAUUCCGUGUUCGGAUUAUUAGUUCCGAUUGCGGCUCAUGCUGGUUAUGAAUGGCUCAUCUUCAUCAGAUUCAUCCAAGGAUUAGGAGAAGGACCCAUAGUACCAUGCUCUCAUGCUAUGCUGGCUAAGUGGAUUCCACCUAACGAGAGGAGCAGAAUGGGUGCUGCCGUAUAUGCCGGAGCCCAGUUCGGCACGGUUAUUUCCAUGCCUCUCUCGGGCCUACUGUCCGAAUACGGUUUCUCAGGCGGCUGGCCGUCCAUCUUCUACGUGUUCGGACUUAUCGGGACUGUCUGGUGCCUCGGUUUCCUGUUCUUUGUAUCCGAAGACCCGGAACAAUGCAAACGUAUCAAAGAGAACGAGAAGAAAUACAUCUUGAAUUCAUUGUGGGGUACAGCUGGCUCUAGUUCGCCGCCUAUACCGUGGAGGAAGAUCUUGAUGUCGAUGCCAUUCUGGGCCAUCAUGUUGGCUCAUAUGGGACAGAACUACGGCUACGAGACGCUCAUGACGGAGCUGCCCACAUUCAUGCGACAAGUGUUGCACUUCUCCAUCAAAGAUAAUGGGUUCGUGUCCGCGUUGCCCUAUCUCUGCAUGUGGCUGUUCUCCAUGUUCAUCUCGGUGGUCGCUGACUGGAUGCUGUCCAGCGGUCGUCUCAACCAUACACAAGUCAGAAAAAUCAUCAACAGUAUAGGUGAAUACGGUCCCGCUAUUGGUCUGUUCAUCGCUGCAAACACGGGCUGCAACCCGGCGGCGACGGUCGCCGUCCUCGCCAUCGGUGUCGGUCUCAACGGUGGCAUUUACUCUGGUUUUAAGGUGAACCAUUUGGACCUGUCUCCACGUUUCGCGGGUAUUUUGAUGGCGUUCACCAACUGUCUGGCCAACUUGACUGGUCUACUUGCGCCCAUCGUAGCCGGCUACAUCAUUGAGGGCAGGCCGACCCAAGCACAAUGGAGGAAGGUGUUCUACAUCGCUGCCGGUAUUUACAUGUUCUGUGCGACGUUCUACAAUAUAUUCGGCUCCGGCCGGAGACAGGACUGGGACAAUCCGGCGGAAGACGAGGCGAUAGCUAAGAAAGCAGCAGAGAAGAAAGCGGCGAAACUAGAGAAGAAAGCGCCUAAUAAUCAGACGCAAGAGACAGCUCAUUAAACAGGUUCGAAUAAAAGUUGGGAACGCCUGCAUACUGCAUGAACUGGCAACACAACGGUAUUGUAAUAACGCUGUAAAAAGUCAGUAUCCGGGCCGUAAAAGUAUUUUUUUUAUUUUAUGUAAAGGCAGUUUAAUUAAAAGAUAUUGUUUUAAUUUACACUGUUUUUUAAAUGUGAUAUUGUAUAUAUUGUAACGUGAAGCAUACGGCCCGUUUGAUACUAAGCGGUUAUUAUUUGCAUACAAUCGACAAUAGUGGCGUGAAUCGUAACAUAUACAAAUAAUUGAUAAGUAACAAGCAAAUCCAUUGGUAGAUACAAUUUCGCUAUUAUACAUAUAAAGUAUAUGAGAAGAAAUAAGUCGUCUCAAUUUGUUGUUUUUAUAUGGUAUCGAUUCGUUUAACACUUGUAUAUAUAUAAAUUGUUACGGUUUACGCGUGUUACGAUUGUCAACCCUAAUUCUAAUCGAUUGUGCAUUUACGCCAUAAUUACAUUUUACAUUGUCACGUGUUUGACACAAGUAUUACAAAAAAAUAUAUUUGCGUAAUUACAGGCAGCGUUCAACUUAAUACGAGUUCCUUUAUUUUUUUAAUUAAAUUUGUAGGUUGUUGUUAUUAAAAAAAAAGAUUUCCCUCCAUAAUUAUAUUUUGCUUUACUAUAGACAUACAGUAUUUAGAUUUGUGUAAAGAAUUGUGGCUCUUGUUAUUUUUCUACAGAAUUUAACGUUUUAUGUUUUGAAUUCUGUUUGUUUGUAUACAAGAAUACAACGGGAAGCACAUCAAUAGGGCUGUGAUAUUGUCGUGUUUAAAUUUUAAUAGGAACUCGUAUUGCGCCAACUUUUAUUCACGUAAUAUUUAAUAAUGCUAUUUAUUGAUUAGUUAAAUAUAUGUACCAUAUAAGUAUUGUUCGUAUAUUAUAGCUUGAAGUGAGAAAUGAAUGAAUAUUAACAUUUUGGGUCCAAGAAAAAACAAUGUUACCGUCCUACGCCAGUGACUUUAUGUGACAUAUUUAUAGUUUUUUUUAAUGUAUAAAACUGUUAUUUUUUUCAACACACUUGCACUCACAUUCCGUAAAGUCGAUCUAAUUUUCGAUAUAAAAUCAGCGCAUGAAACACGUGUGCGUUAUAAACGUAAAUAAUGAAGUUAUAUAGAACAGCACUAUUUGCUUUUUUUUUCAAAUUACGAACUGACCGCCGCGCGGCGCCAGUCAGUAAGCAACGCGCUAAUUUAUAAAAGUACAAUGGCGGGAAAACAACAGUUUGUAUCACAGUUUUAUGGUGAGAUUAUUUAAAAUCAAGUGUGUUGAAAAACGUCGUACGAUGUGCGUAUUUAACACACUCGGCUCUAUUACGCACUUAUAUCGUAAUAUACUAUUAUUAAACAGUGCCAUUAUGCAGCAUUUUAUAAAAUUGUAGAAACUCGAAUAUAUAAUUGUAAUGUUUUAAAAAAAUGUACUAGUUCCGCUAAAAUUCGCAAUAGACUAACCAAUCGGCACUGAAAUGGCUGAAGCUAAUUUUUUUAAAUAACCAUAGACAAGAAAUAGGUUUUAAUACUUGGUUAUCAAUAAAGCCUUUAUAUAUUCAAUUAAUUAGUCUAUCGAGGAAUUAGUGUGCCAAACGGUAAUAUUCAGUUGUUAUAUUGUUUACUCCAAAAAGCAGUUGUUGCUUAUAUUAAAAUAAUUUAAAAAAUUCCCUCCUUGGAGAGAAAUAUGUUAUAAUUCCCUGUAUUAUAAGGAAUAUUUGGGAUAAAAGAAAACAUGUUUUGCUACUACUCAAUAUAAUAAUGGACAAAGACACAUUAACCUGUAUUAGAUUUGUUAUUUUACGUAGGAGUACCUACAUAUAUAAAUUACACUUGGAAAGAGACAAGUGUGAUCAGGGCCUUGAUAAUGUAACAGGUGGGAUUUGAACUAGCUAUAUUUGAACUAUCCAAAGGUUGCAGUUGUUAAUAUUUCAUGAAUGGUAAUUGCUGUAUAUAAAUUUGUUAAAUUCUGUGAUUAUAACAUAACUGUGUUACACUAUUAAAUCUGCUUUAGUAUUGUGCACAAACAUUAAAAUAAAAGUAUCUCAGUUAUAUAACAUGAGAUAUUUUUUUUAAAUGAUGAAUUUUUGAUAGAUUAAAAAUAAUAUGAAUUUCCUAC